AUGCUGAAUUCAAACAGAGACUUCUGUUAAUAUUCUGCAGGAUUUUCUAUUUGGGUAGCUGCAUACAGUCUAACUCAACUCAAAAGCGAUCAAGAUUACUGAGUAGAUCUUCAAGGUUCAUGUGGAACUGCUGCAAGAUUCAGAAUCAUGGAAGGACAGACAGGCAAUGACGAUAAGACCAGACUAAAGGUCGAUCUCAAAUUGAUAAGAGAAAAAAAUCCACAUAUUUUUUAGGUCUAGCUUUCAAAAAUGACGAGUUCAGAAGUGGCUGGAAACAACACGACAAGCUACAAUUCGUUAUGCGUCGAGCGUCUUUAUGGAUUUCAUCUGAAAAUAUUGAUCGCCACAUUGAAUAUUCCGUUAUCAGUAACGGCCAUUCUGGGUAACGUUCUAAUUAUUAUCGCACUUCAGAAUGUGUCCACGCCUCUACGUCCACCAUCUAAACUUCUCUUCCGAUACCUUGCAAGCACAGAUCUGGCGGUAGGACUCGUUACACAGCCUUUAAUAGUUGUCUUUUUGCUUGUGCCAGAGAAAUCUGGCAGCUGCCUUUACCUUACCAUCAUAGGUAAGGCAACCAGUGUGUUGUUUGGUGGAGUAUCGUUGUUAACACUGACUGCAAUUAGCGUGGAAAGGCUGCUUGCUUUGCUACUGGGGAUUCGGUACAGACAAUUUCUUUCUUUAAGGCGAAUAAAAGUCAUGAUUUUCAUAUUUUGGCUCAUUGGUGCAGCAAUUGCAGGAAUGUUUAUUUUCAGGCUCUUGAUUGCUGCAGUCAGCGGUAGCAUACUACUACUGUCAUGCACAGCAACGUCAACUUUCUGUUACACGAAAAUUUAUCGUGUGCUACGCCAUCAUGGCAGACAAGUAAAUGUUCAACAAGAGGCCACCGGAGCACCAGCUUCCCUAAACAUUGCGCGAUACAGAAAAACAUUGUCCACUGCAAUGUGGGUGCAAAUGACAUUCCUUGCCUGUUAUCUCCCUUUCGGAAUUGUCCAAGUCAUAAUUUCUGUCACUGCAUUACGAGCACCAUCCAUUGACUUAGCUCGGGAUCUUACAGGCACUAUCGUGUUCUUAAACUCAACACUAAACCCGUUUCUUUACUGCUGGAAGAUAAGCGCAGUAAGGCGAAUAGUAAAGGACAAGAUCAGACGGUGGUUUUGCUUUUAAGACUUGAGACAACGAUAAUCUGCAAGACACUGAUUCUGAAUAACACAGUGUUAAGUUUCUUCAUAAGGAUGCCACCCGUCUUGACAUGUAGCAGUUGUUGGAAAAUCUCGCCGAGGCAAAUACUCAAGUAUUACGGGACAUUUAAUGUGUUGAGUAUUACAUUUUUAGAAUAAAAUUUGGAAAUAUGGGAAUUGAGGGAGAUUUAAAAAAAUUACCUGGCCUUAAAAAAUGUUAGAAUAUCCUCACAAAAUUUUAUUAUUAAACCUUUAUCGCAGAGCAGCUCUGAACUCUUCUUUACAACUAGUGUAGACUAAAAGAAUUUUUAUUGACAAUUGUAGUAUAAUACGAGAAACAUUGACCAAAAGGAAAAGUAGCUAAAUCUGUUGAUAAAGGACUAG